AUGCUGUCCCGCCCCACCCUCCGCGUUGCCUCGCAGGUCCAGAAGAGGGCCUUCUCCGCCACCCGCGCCAGGCUCUCCUCGCCCUACCACUACCCCGAGGGUCCCCGCAGCAACAUCCCCUUCAACCCUCUGACCAAGUUCUUCGCUGUGCGCUACUGGUCGUUCAUGGCUGUCGGCUUUUUCGCGCCCGUCGGCAUUGCCGUCUGGCAGACCAAGAAGGACCAGUAA